GGAUAUAUAUAUUCUGGCAACGUACGUAAAAAAAACAGAGGCACUGUCAUGGUGGAGGCCUCCUUUUGUGUGUGACCUAAAUAGUUAGUCCAGCUUCCUUGGCCAUUUUGUCUGCGAAUCUCUCUAUUAAAUCUCAUUGCAAAUUCCAAGAAAUCACCUUCUUUUACUUGGUUACACAUAUUUUAUUGAUAUCGUUACCAUUUUAGUAGUCAUCCCCCCACCCUGUUUCCUGGCUAAGAACUGGGUAUUGUUCGUUUGUGUAGGGCUAUUCCCACCCUUCCCCGUUGAUCUGCGUACCGCUGAGAGAAAUCGCUGUUUCAUUUCUUUCGCUGGUUUUUGAACUGAAUUUAAACACUUUAUAAUUUAUUCUUUCAAUAAUCGUCACUUCUGCAGUGUGCCAAAUUGUGCCAUGGCAGUGCUGACGGCAUACCAGUGUUUUAAGCAUCACUAAAAUGUGGCUCGCUUAGUGAGGUUUUUAAAGGUGUUCAACUGUGAUCUUUUAAACAAAAGCAAAACAUUUACCAAUUUCAAACAUCAGACAACUGAUCAAAUUUCAACAUUUAUUAAUAAAAUGGGCCCCUGCAAAAACAUUCCUAUGGAUAAGGUGAACCUGAGACUUAUUCUGGUCUCUGGCAAGACUAAAGAGUUCCUCUUUUCCCCUGAGGACUCAGCUUCAGAGAUUGCACAGUUUGUUUUUGACAAUUGGCCAGAAGAAUGGAAUGAAGAAGGUGUGUCAAGAGCAGAGAUACUGCGUUUGAUAUAUCAAGGGAGAUUUUUACAUGGAAAUGUAACCUUGGGAGCAUUGGGUCUGCCGCCUGGUCGCACUUCAGUGAUGCAUCUCGUUCCACGAGAAACUCUACCUGAACCUAAUUCUCAAGAUCAACGACAAAAAAGCAAAAGUGGGCGCAGCAGCUGCUGUUCGAUUUCCUGCGCCAUUCUCUAGAAGGAAGGUGAAACGGGACAGCAAUGGUUUUGAAUUUCAUAUAAAAAUGAUUGUUUUAUCCCUAUCACCCCAAAAGCAAAUGUUGAAGAUUUAAAUGGUGAAGUUUGCAAGUAUUAGAAAAAUCUCCACGUGAAUUUUGUAAAAAUUUUGUAAAUACCCAAUCAGCAUCUGACGCGCUGAAGGUCAUUAUUGCGGUUUACAACAGAAGAACGAGGAAUGGUUGAGAUCAAAUUCCAUUUGCGCGUGUGUGUAGUGAAUUUCCAUUCAUUCAUAGUUUUUGUGGGUAAAUUUUUUUUUUGUGGAGACCAGAGCAUAAGCCCUAAAUCAUAAAAUUAAAUUGAAUUUCUUUUUCGUGGGAUGGAAUUCACCUUGACCCUCCUCGUUCUAGAUGUUCAUACAUGAAAAAGUAGGCGGCUGGAAUGUUUCCCUCCCCUUGUUUUUAAUUAUUUUGCCCACCCCGUUAAUGAUUUUGUGUCGCCUCCAAUCCCGUAUUUUAUUUGCAUGCAUUAAAACCAUCCGUCUAUUCUUUUCCCGCGCCUAUCCGAAUACACAAAACAAACUAAAUGAA